AUGGAUGCCGAGUCUGUCUACGAUUCCUGGAUCCCGUCAACGGUACCCGCUACUCCAGAAGAAUCCUUCUCAAUCGACUCCUUAAUCCAAAGGGUAGACGAGUUUCAGCGACGGGACUACUUGGAAACGCUCGACAAGCUUACGUUUGAGAAUCAUCACCUGCAAAAAAGCAUUCUACACUAUCAAAAAGAAUGGUGUUCGACACUAGAUCUGCUCCAGUGCGCCAAUGAAGCUCUGUUGAGAAUACAGAAUGCUCUCGGAAAAUGCUUUCAAGAGCAGAUAGAAGCUGAAAAAUAUUGGCUUGCUUCCUGGCGUAUCGAGGACAGUGCUCCUGGCAAUUCCAGCUACAGCCCUUCCGGAUGGAUUUAG